CCCUUUCAACGGAUAAAAACCCUCUUCUGAACUCAUCUUCUUCCUCUCGCUACUGAAUCUUAACCCGACCCGAAUCUCGACUACAAUUUUCCCAAAAUCCUUGUCUCCUUUUCCGGAAUGGCCCCUACGAAUCCUGAAACCUGGACCCAUGGACCCUCCGUUAUCAAGGAGAACGAACUUCGAGAGAUGGCCGUGCUCCUGGGCAAGGGCUUCCGGGUCCACCAUCCCGAUGUCGUUGGGGGGAUUAGUUUAUCCCACAAUCCAAAUCCCCAGAAAUAUAUGGUCAUGCAGUACCACUCUGUGGAGAAUGGAUUUAGGUUGCCCCUCCACGGUCUGCUUCGCGAUCUCUGCCUCCACUUCGGAUUUGCUCCGGGUCAACUGACCGCCAAUGCACACAAGUAUGUCGCGUCCUUCAUCUUGAGGUGUUGUGCCCUGGACAGAGCCCCAAAUCUAGAGGAAUUCCUUAUGCUCUUCAGUAUUGGGGGUUUCCCCUUUUACAGCCUAUACCCCCAUAACCAUUUUCCCAUUUUUGAGAAGGUUGAGCUCAAGAUCGACAGAUGGUCACUGAAAUACUUCGUUAUCGAGUUUCUGGCUCACAGCCCCAUCGAUCUACCGGGUGUUGUCCUCCGCCGUUCCAUCUCCCGGACGAAAUUCGCCACACCAGACUUGGCAGAGGGAGUGUAUAAUACCUUGAAGGAGAAGGAGGGUUUAAUUUCCCACCACUCUCUCCAGGAUGCUAAACUGUACAAGAAGGCAGGUUUUUACUACCCCUUGGGUCCUGACCCGAUUCCCUUUGAAGAGGUGCCUUCUCUUGAGAGAUCGAAGGCUUCUCCUGUCGCAGAGUCCAACCCGGCUGCAAGCUCUCCCGGAAGCCGGUCCCAAGGUGGUUCUACUACCUUGGCUGUACGCAACCCGGCUGCUGCCCUGGACGUUGUUCCCAUCUCUGCCAUUCCUGGGCUUAGAAGACCCAUUCCAUCGCAGAAACGACCAAGAGAGGGAGUCUCUGAUGAUGACUUCCUACCAAAGAAGAAUAGGGGUGAUAGUAUCUCCAUUUCACCCAGCCCCCUGUCAACCUCUUCUGGUCCUCAGAACGCUUCUCCUGCUGCCACUCCCGGAAGUUUAGGGCUGGAGUUACCCAACCCGGAAAGUCUGGAUCAUGAGGCAGAUGAACUUCCAGGCCAGGUGCCACUCACAAAACCAGCGGCGCAACCUCAGCUUGAUACAAAUGCUCCCCUCCCUCAAACUGCAUCUGCCCCUCUAGAACUGGAGGAAGAAGCUGUGGGACAGCAGGAACCAGAGUCCCCUCCUGCAGUGGAGAAGGAAGUCGAAGUGCAGACAGAAACGGAGAUCCCCUCCCCACAAGGGGAUGAGGUUGGAGAGCAGAGGAACGCUGAAGCUCCUUCAGAGAUGGAAAGAGAGACUGAGAAUCGACCGGAGCCGAAGGGACAGUGUUCUACGGCCACACUCCCAGCCCCCAAUAUCCCCAUCCGGCGUAAGUUCACACCGCAAACUUACCCCGCUUUUACCGAGGGUUGGGAAGGCCUUUCCUGCGGUUUGAGAUCCCUACAGGCCUCCCAUUGGACUAUCCAGGCGAACCUGGAGAGGAUGAGGGAAUCAGUGCAGGGGCCCACAACUCUCCAGACUCGCCCCGACCUGCUUGCCCUCAAUGCUCUGCACUUUAUGGAGCAGGCCCAGCAAUCACUCCUCACUUUGACUGAGGAGUACCUGGGUGGAGCAUCAGGGAACUUUCGGGCUGCAAUGCUCUUGAGGGAGAGGGAUCUGGCUGUCAGGGCCUUGCAACAGAAAGUCAACUCCCUGGAACAGCAGGUCCGGGUCCUGCAAGAAGAGAAUGCUCGGCUCAAGGUAGAUGGCCCAAUGGAGCUUGCAGCUGAGAGAUCCAAGGCCCAGUCCCUACAAGAGCAGAUUGCCAAUUACCAAAAGGAGACCCAGGAUCUGGAAGUGCAGUUUGAUAGAUUCCGGGCACAGAUUUCCAUUCUGGAAUCCAGGGUCUUGGCUUCAGAAGAUCAGGUAGGCAGCCUGAAAGCUGAGUUGGCUGAAAGGGAAUCCCGGAUCUCUGAACUGGAGAAUUCCCUCCAGGAGGCCAAGUAUGAGGGUUCCCGUCUUAACGAACUCGCGUUGAAGCACAUGGAGGCAAGACGGCUUACCCUCGAGAAGUUGAAGGAGAGAGACAGACUGCAAGCAAGCUCCGGUCAAAGAAGGGUGAACUGGAGAAGGCUAUUACUGCCCAUCAAGAGGAAGUUGCAGGCCUGACUGCCCGUGCUGAAGCCCUUUAUGAAGAGGGGAAAUUUUACAUGCAACACUGCAUUUAUGAGGCCAUCCGGAGUGGUCUUCCAGCUCACCGAUCCUUGGAUGAUUUCAUCUCAUACUACGGGUUACCUCUUCCUCUUUCUCCCCCGGAUUCUCGUGUGGACCCAGGGUCUUGACUUUAUCUUUCAUUGUUGACUAUUGCAUUUUGCUUUGUAACAUUUAGAUGAUAGUAAACUGAUAACACCUGA